GCAGUGAUACACGAAGCCGCCCAACCUGGCCGCAGCAAGAUUGUUGAGCAACAUUUUUCCCCUUCUGUAUGACACUGCUGCGAUUUAAAACAUUAUUAUAUUUGUUUUAUACAUUGGAUGCUUGGGAGGAUAAACGAAACGUGUGACAUAGAAGAACAAUAGGAGAACGUGUUUGCGGUAUUGGAGACACGGGUACUCUGGACGUUCAUGAGGUGGACUUCGCCGCAUUUGGUGGGCUGCUCCUAGCUUGGAAAAUCCCACCACAUAUCCCUGACAUUCAUUCCAAACUCGACUUGUACGGUGAACUGUCACCGACGUAGAUACAUUUGAAAGGAAAAGCAUGGAAUAAAGCCUGACAUCGAAGGAGUCCUGAAGAAAAGUAGUUUUUUUCUGGUGAAAAGUAGUCCACUGCUUGUUUUAAAUAGCCUAUUCAUUAUUAAGUAGCCUAGGAGAGGCAUAGCCUAUUCUUACAACUCAUCACAAGAUGUCUGUUCCGAACGUGCUGGCCAAGGCCCUGUACGACAAUGUGGCCGAGUCCCCAGACGAGCUGUCCUUCCGGAAGGGUGAUAUCAUGACGGUAUUGGAGCGGGACACCCAGGGUCUGGACGGCUGGUGGCUCUGCUCUCUGCAUGGACGCCAGGGCAUCGUCCCCGGCAACCGACUCAAGAUCCUGGUGGGCAUGUAUGACAAGGCGGGCCAGCAGCAGCAGCCUCCACUCCUCCAGGCCUCCCAGGCUGGCUCUGCUCAGACCCAGAGCCUGAGCCAGCUGGCCUUCCCCCCGCAGAGUGCCUACACUAAGCCCUCCCCCUCCUCCCAGUACACAGCCAUGCACCCUGCCUUCUCCAACCCUGGUCCUGUCCCCGCCCUACCCGACAGCAUCUACAUGAUGCCCCCCAACCAUGGCAAGCCCUCCCCUUCAUGCCUGUACCAGAUACCCACGGGCCCCCAAGCCCCACCCAAGGCCCCCAUGCUCGCCCAGAAGCAGUACCACGCCCCUGUUCAGGACAUCUACCAGGUGCCUCCCUCCAUGGGGCCAGCUCCUGUCCAGGACAUCUACCAGGUGCCCCCUUCAACAAGAGGGCCUGUUCCUGGGCAGGAUAUCUACCAGGUUCCCCCCUCACUGAACCAGACUCAGAUCCCCCCCUCCAUAGAAAAGAGGAGCUGGGACUCUAAACCUCUAGGAAAGGUGGUGGUGCCGACGCGGGUGGGCCAGGUGUAUGUGUAUGACAUGGGAAAAUCGGAGCAGGAUGAGUAUGACGUCCCUCCCAGACACAUGCCUCCCUCCCAGCAGUCACAGGAUAUUUAUGACGUUCCCCCAACCCGCGCCCAGUACAGCCAACAGGUGUAUGACACACCCCCAAUGGCGGUGAAAGGCCCCCCCAGUGGUCAAGACAUCUAUGACACACCCCCCAGUGUGGACAAGAGCCAACUGCUCUCUCAGCAAACGGUGUACGACUUCCCCCCCUCCGUCAGCAAGGAUGUUCCAGACGCUCCUAUCAGGGAGGAGACCUAUGACGUGCCCCCCCACUUUGCCAAGCUGAAGAGUCUGGAGAGCCAGAACCAGGGCUAUCUGAUCCCCGGUGGGCCUGAGCCCCCCAUCCCUGAAGAUGUGUACGAUAUCCCUCCCCCUCCCCUCACCGGAAAGCACCACCCAGACGCCCACCUGGGUCAGGAGAUCUACGACAUCCCCGCCAGUCUGAGGAAGGGUGGACUCCAUGACCCCCAGGAUGUGUACGAUUUCCCCCGCGAGCGGCCUGCAGGCGAGGACUCCAUCUAUGACAUCCCCCCUCAGGUGGUGCGAGAUGCGGGCGCCACAGAGGAGCUGACGGUCAGCUUCAAACGCCUGUCUGCCUCCAGCACGGGCAGCACCCGCAGCAACCUGUCCACCUCCUCUCUGGACAUGGUGCCAGUCAGGGAGUCGGCGGUGCCCAGCCAGUCCGGCCCAGGGAAACUGUUGAUCCUGGAUCUAGAUCAGGCCAUGGAGCGCCUCUCCCGUCUGCAGCAGGGGGUGGAGGGCUCUGUCUCCCUCCUCAUGUCCUUCAUCAGUGGGAACUGGCGCAGCACCACCCAGAUGGAGGCCAACCUGCCAGCCAUCAGGCAGGCGGUGGACAGGAUGAGGGUGGCUGUCAGGGACCUACUGGAGUUUGCCAGGGGGGCUGUGGCCAACUCUGCCCAGGCCACUGACCGCACGUUACAGGCCAAGCUGGGCAAGCAGGUGCAGAAGAUGGAGGAGGCCUUCCAGGGCCUUGUCAAGUACAGCCAGGCUCUGGAUGCUGUGGCCUGGGCCCCUUCUGCCCUGAUGACGCCCUCAGCAGGCAGCAGUGGGGAUGACCUGGACCGGCUGGUCAUGUGUGCCCGGGGUGUGCCUGACGACACCAAACAGCUGGCCUCCUUUCUCCAUGGCAACGCCUCGCUGCUCUUCAAAAGGACAAACAAGCAGCAGCAGCUUCCUUUGCCCCCUGUCCCCCAUGCCGCUGACCUCAUGGGUCAGAUGACCAACAACAACAUCUCAGCCUAUCAGAUGGGAGACGGGAGAGCCAACAUUCAGUCCCGCCCCCUGCCGUCCCCGCCCAAGCUCACAGCCGAGGAGGAGACCCGUGACCGGCCGUACGAGACCACCGAGGAGGGAUGGAUGGAGGACUAUGACUAUGUGCAUUUACAGGGUAAGGAGGAGUUUGAGAAGAAUCAGAGGCAAUUAUUAGAGAAAGGGACCAGACACAACAAAACCACACUGGAACAGCAGCAGCAGCUGAAACAGUUUGAGCGACUGGAGCAGGAAGUCAGCCGGCCAAUCAACAACGAUAUCUCAGGCUGGACUCCGCCUCCCCACUACCCAACGGCCCAGCGGAGCAAGCUGAGCAUGGGUGACCGGCAGCUGCUGCUCUUCUACUCAGAGCAGUGUGAGGCCAACGUCACCACCCUCACCAACGCCAUCGACGCCUUCUACUCCUCCAUCAACAACAACCAGCCGCCCAAGAUCUUUGUGGCUCACAGCAAGUUUGUCAUCCUCAGCGCACACAAGCUGGUGUUCAUCGGGGACACGCUCUCGCGACAGGCCAAGUCCCCAGAGGUGCGGGCGCAUGUGGCCCAGCACAGUAACACGCUGUGUGACAAACUCAAGGACAUCGUAGUGAGCACCAAGACUGCAGCGCUGCAGUACCCGUCCCCCGGUGCGGCGCGGGACAUGACGGAGAGGGUGAGGGAGCUGGCCGGCUGCACACAGCAGUUCCGCAUGGCUCUGGGCCAGCUGGUGGCCAUGUGAACCUCCGGUCCUGAGACACUGGCAUGGGGAGUCCACACUGGGACACACAGCACCCACACACCCAGUGGGUCACUGUCACAGACACAUGGACCCUUCAACCUCCUCUUGUGCUUUUUAUUUCAAAAAAGGACAACUAUCUGACUGGGCUGGGCCAUUGGUUGUAAAUGAAUCAUUGUAAAUAUUUUAAGUUACUAUUAGCCAGAAAAAAAAGUCAAAGAAAAUGAACUUCCACUAUAUAUAUAUAUAUAUAUGUUUUUGAGACCUGGGAAACAUGAUGUAGUUUUUAGACAAUGUCCAUUAUUAUUAUUGUUGCUAUACUGUAAUUAUUGCUCUGCUUAUUAUAAUUGUUAUCAUUAUUGUUAUAAUGCGUUGAUUAAGGAUGUUUACAUUUCAAACACAUUGUAUGUAUUACGUAAUGCUGUUUUUCAUCCCAGAUGAUCAAAUAUGGUGGAUUUUGUUAAAGUAAUGUACUUGUCAGGUGAGCUGUAGGAUAUGUUGACAGAAAAUGAAUAGCUUUCCUUGGAGCUGUCAAAGGAGGCUGGGGAUCGUGUUGUGAGUGUAAGGCAUUCUGGGUAGCGGCUGGGAGGGAGAGGUUUCCCUGACAGUUAAUAACAUUCUCAGAUAUACUGCUGUCAUGGGACAGGAUUCAUUUGAGUAGUUCUACAUGCUAAUUAAAAUGCCCCAAUUAGAAGACUGUCUUAUAAUACUAUCUCUUCCUUUGAGAUAGAAGUCAGAAUGAAAAGAACAAACCUGAUUUGGAGGUAAAAAAUCUAAGGUUAAAAGAAAUAUGAAUUUACAUAUUUUUUUCUGCAUUACAACUUCCCUUGUUCUUCAAAAGCACAAGGCUUUAUCCGUCUGUCUGCUGCUCCUAGAGUGCUUGUUGUAUCACCCACACUCUCCCAGACUCUCAUAGUCCUGCAUGCUCUCUGUGAUCUAAAAAGGGUUGGUUUGGACUCCUCUGUGGCUCCACUGUGUUCCAGACCAGGCUCUCUGCUCACCUCAUACAGGAACAACUCUGCUUUCCCUCCCCCUAGCACUUCCUGGACAGCACCACUGCACCCUGCAGGCCAGGGAAACCCGCUAUGGGGGUAAAGGUGUGAGAAGUGCAUUUAAAUCAUUAUCAUACACUCAACACCCUUGUAAAUUGAUGAGCAAAUUUCGGGAGUGGUUGUUUGUGAGCCACAUCUCUGCAUUUUACCAAAUGUAUGUGUACACACACACACACACACACACACACACACACACACACACACACACACACACACACACACACACACACACACACACACACACACACACACACACACACACA